AUGUAUUCGAAAUCAUUGUACUACACUAAAAAAUGCAAGAAAACCAGAUUUGAGGAACGACUAGCAGCGGAUUCAGUACAAGCACCAAAGCAACUGUGUGCCUAUCUCAGGCGAAGAAUCACAGCAAAGCCUGGUCUCCCGAAUCUCGCCAAAGAUGGGGCACUAGCCGAAAAAGAUGAGGACAAAGCGGAGAUGUUGGCAUCGCAUUAUGCCUCAGUGUACACACCGGACAUCAGCACAUCGGCAAAUCUACUGAACACUGAAACUGCUCUGAACUGGACACAAUUUAACAUUGGAGAGGCAGCCCUGGAGUUGAGUCGGCUAAAGGCUCACCGGUUCACGUUGACCUGGUAG